AUUUGGAACAGCUGGCCCUAUUUCCCUGGGUUGUCUCCGCAGCGGUUGAUUUCGCCUUGUUUCCCCGUGCGCCUAACGUCAGCUGCGCAAUUACUGAGUGCCCGUCAAGCUGCAACACACAAACAUUCAGCCCGCUAAAAUACCUAUGUCACGUGUCUUGUCGGCUGCUUGUCAGAACCCCUCCAGCCGCUCGAACUUGUUUUAGACCCUUUAGCGCCAAAAUCCGUGCAUCGUGACGGCGCGACAACGACCCCUAAAGGGACGAACUCUCAGCCAUUGCUGCUUGCAACUGCCCUUAUUGUGAUACCCAACCACAAAUAGGAUACCAAGCGGUCAUAAUCAAGUGGCAUGUCCAGAAACGAAGACGAUGAGCGAAAUGCAGGAGAGGAAAGCGAGCCGGGAGUUGAAAGAGGCGUGGCACAGAUUCAUCGCAGCACCGAGCCGGAGCCGAGAGUUACAAAGCCAGUUGCUCGACAUUUUCCUGGUGAAGCUAAUUGUUGAGUACCGGGAUGUGCCAAGUCACGUGCAACUCACGGAGUGGGUCAGUGCAGGCAAUGUACUGGCCCACCAACUCAUGCUUGAAGUGCACGAAGCCUGCAGCGGUGAUGACCCCGCACCGUGCCGUGAAUUCAUGCUCGGGGGGCGAGGCUGGAAGCUCCUGUGGGCACUGGUUCGCAUUGGCUCCCAGUCCCUACCCUGUUGCAAGGAAUUGUCGAGGGUUGCAAUAUCUCUCUUGUCUUUCUUCUCCAAACUGGAAGAGCCAUGGUCUCCAGGAACCUUCGAGUGGGAAUUCGAAGAGAGGGACCUUAUGGCCUGCUCUCUUGCCACAACGAGCCCAGCCAAAGCCAGCCUGAAACAUCGCCGCUGCCGGCAGAAACCACACAUAGACUCCACAUCAGACAGUUCCGCCUCAACAGACUCGGACCACAUGGAAGUGCCUUCACCUGUGCUGCGAACAACCACGGCCCUGUUCCUCUCGAACAAAGAUCCGUUGGAAUCUGCCAGUGAGGGGUGGGAGGACCGCCUGUAUGUGCGUCGGAGUGCACCCAUAGAAGAUACGCUCACAGACGAGGAAGCUGCGAUUGUGGGUGCGUGCGUUGCUCCGUCAUUUCUGCUGAACUGUCUUGUCACCCUUUUGACGCAGUCUUGUCGGGGCGCCGAUCGCAAGGGCGAUCGCUGGCAGGCCAUCGCGACGUCCAUAUCGGGCCUUUGUCUCCCCGGUGCAUUGGAGAUCUUCAGCAGCCUUUCUUAUUUGCCUCCAACUGGCUCUCAGCUGAAGCAGCUGCUUGGGCAGCCCAGUUCGCAGUCACUUCAACGAAAAGUCUUGCGCCUCAUUGUCACUGCAACGUCGCAGCUUCUGCAUGCCGGUUGUGGCUACUCGCAUCAGUCCAUUCGCAAGUACCGCAUCCUCUCGACACUUCUCGACUCCUGCCAGCCCGCAUUGGACGCCGGGGACUCGGAGUCUGUGGUGGAAAGCAUGUGUGCCGCGCUGAUAUUUGUCCGCGACGCGGUUCGUAGUUUUCCGUCUUCAGAGGGCAGCUUGAACUGGAUCGUGGAAGCUGUUCACAGGCUCUGCUCUCACGGCAGCUUGCAAGCCACGCUGCGCGCCUCCAAUCGUUCGUCCUGCACAGUCAUCGGAGGGCUUAUAGCUGAUAUUGUCUUGUCGCUGAAGCGUGCCAAGUCUGCACGGAGACAGGGCGUUGCGUUUCAUCAUCACGACGCACUUCUGGGGACGCAGCUCAGGCACAGCAUGUCUGAACCGUUGUCGGGGUGUUGCAUCGCGUCCUUGUGCACCAUCCUUCUCGAUGCCCCGUUCCUGUCCACGCAGGCCCUGUUGCGCUGCGGCGUCUGCUGCUGCAUGGCGCUCGACGAAGUGUUUGUGCCACUUUUUCGGGACUUUGGCCCACAGCCCGCGGAAGAGAAACGCCAGAUUUUGCAGCUGCUCCAAAAGUGCCUUUGUGUGCAGAUGGGCCUCUUCUUGCAAGUGUGUUUCAGCUGCCGCGACCGCCAGGACAGGGGAGAAGACACUUGCGCGACGUAUUCCAUGCUGCUCAGCCGUGGGGACGCCGAAACGCAGACCCUCAUUGGCCAGCACUUGUUGGGCGUUGUAAAAGUAGCGCGACCUCCGUUUCGGGACCUGAUUUGCACCCAAGUGGCCUUGCCUUGUUUUCUAGAGUUUGACUUUGCCGAUGCAACAAACGCAGAACCAGAACUGAACCCGCUGUGGUUUUCGGUGUCCGCUUUUUCGCUGUUAGGAGCUGAUGCAUCCAUGGUCUUCCCUGCCAAAAGUGUGCAGACGACGCUUUUGUACCGACUGCUGUCUCCAUCAGUUGCUCCUGUUUACAGGCACGCUGCCUUGGUUCUGAUUGAGACCCUCAUCCUUGCCUACGUGAGCAGUGUCCGAACGGAUGAAGAAAAGGCCGAAGACAGUGGCAGCACGGAAAACAGCCUGAUGCAAUCCAUCAGCGACGCAGAUUCCAACGCGCUCUCGGCGUUCACACAGUUUCUGGCUACCGUAACAAAGGAGUUCAUGCGGAAGGUGAGGCCUCUCGUGACAAUGCAGUCCGUGGAGUCCCUCAAUGAGUCCACCACUGAGGAGGGCUUGGAUGCGGACUCGGCCUCCGACCGGGAGGCGGAACUGUCGACGCUGGCAGAACUGUGGCUCUCCUGCCGACAUGUGGCGCAGUGUAGUGCAGUGCGAUCACAUCUGAGGACAGGAAACUGCUGCGCGGAAGCGUAUCGGUUCCUGCUCUGGCUCGCCGACGAGACGGUGCAGCCCGGUCCGUGCAGCCGGAAGGUGUUUCCGGCGCUAGAAACCAUGCUUGCAUUGCUUCUUCAGUUGUGUCCAGUGCGACUGUGGUACCAGUCCGAGUGCCUGCACCGCAUGGAGCUGGUGCGAGAGCUGCGCAACCGUCUACAUGGCUGUCCCAGCGUGAACCGCACGGCGGCCGAGUGGCGCUGCCUUCUCGAUGCCCUGCUAGGAAACCUUGUGCACUGGACACGGGUGCCCACUCUUUCAAGCCGCUCGAAGGUGGAAAGCAGCCUGGUCUCGCGUGCGGCCUUGCUUCGAAAGGAGCCCGAUGCGGCUUCACUUGCCCCUAUGGCUGAUGAGGAACUUGGCUACGAAGCCGACUCAGAGUCCAGUCCUGACGACUACGCAACAUCGGAAGGGGCACUGUCGGUUUCACGAGAUGGCGGAGACAUGUCGGUGGUGUGCUACGAAGAAGUUUGCUCCCUCGUGCUGGACCUGGUGUGCCGUCUCUGCCCGAGCCGUCCAGAGGUGGCCUUGCAUGCCAUCCAAAGGCUGAACACCCUCUGCUCACAACAUCCACUGCUGCUCACACUGUUUGUCAAGCAGGGUGCAGCGGGGAAGCUCUGCCAUGGCCUUGGCUGCCUCCUGCACCUGCCUGACCAACCUGACCUACCAGAGCAUCACACCCUAGAACUCCAGGAGAGCCUGGUGUCCCUGCUUGUGCUCUUCUGUCGGCGCAGCCUCAGCGCACAGGAUCUCGUGGCUUACAUGAGCCUCCUCAAGGGAACUCAGUCAGCCUUCGGCCCCAUACUGCAAGGUCUUCUGGCCCUUGCCAACUGCGAAGACCGUGGACCGCAGUGCUGGCUCCAGUUCCCACCGCUGGCGGCGGAUGAUGAUGAGGUCAUGCUCCUGCCCACACUGCAGCAGGAAGAAGAAGAAAGAGGCGGGCAGUUGGCUGGUCUUCCACACGGAGGUGCGUCGAACCAGGCUGUGUUGGUGUUGCCGCUGGAAGAUCAUGGUGGCUGGUGUCCUCGCAGAGAGGGAUUCUCUCUCGCCUUCUGGCUUGCCCUACGUUGGAGCUCGGUCCUUGGCCACGAAGAUGGCACUCGACUGCACCUGGUGUCCCUGGGUUGUGGCCCGUUUCUGUGUGAGCUGUGGGCCGAAGACGUCGAGAAGGGAACGGUGUCGUUGUGGUUGACGCAGAAUGGCACCAGCACUGCAGAGAGCGCAGCCUGCAAUGCUGCCUCCCAGUGUAACUUCGAGAGGGCGCUGGCAAGCCAUGGUUGGCACCACCUGGCCCUCGCGUACCACGAGCACGUGCCGCGAAGCACCGUUGAAACGAGCUGCUAUGCUUCGGUGACGUUAACAGUCGACGGUCGCCACAGUCGUUCCUGGCACUUGCCCCUGGAAGGACAGGGUGGCCACAGUUGCUUGCACCAGCCAGGGCCGGUGCUCUUGAUUGGCCAGAGUGCGGGCACCGGCACCUCCGUGGCCCUCGUCAGUGGUGGUGUGUCGUGGAGCCUGGGAAACCUGCUCCUUUUCCGAGGCUCUUGCCUCGGUUCAGCCGAGUGCUUGGCUCUCUACUCAAGAGGUGCUGAUGCAGUUGUGCCCACUUCCUGCCUCCUGAGUGAGGAUGAAGAGUCGGCUAGAGUCGACAUCAGCCCCGGAUUGGUCCGCAAAGGUUCCCUCAAGAAGUGGCUGGGGCCUAGCCAGUUCCGAGGAGUGCUGGCUGCGCUAGAGGACGAGAUCAUGGUGUGGUUUUCGCCGCAGAAGAGCGACUCCUUUGUCAGUUAUCCACGCAGCUCACAGGCCUUCUCAUCAUUCCUGGCUGCGUCCAAAAAGCACAAGCGAAGUGGACUCCCUCAGUCAAAGGCAGCGCAGCGGCUGUCGCCUGUUCAGUUGCAGUGGCAGAGGCAAAUCCAUCAUGCAGCGGCAAGCCUCGGAGGCCCUGGCCUUUUCCUGUUCCUUCUGGCUAGGGUAGUGGAAUGCACAACCGAAGACGGCCCUCAGGCAGCUGCACUGGAGCUGGCCCUGGGCAUGUUGGGGCAGCCCAGUGCAACCUGGGGCACACCCAGAAUCCUGGUAGGGGCACGCGAGGCACUCAGUCUCCUAGGGCAACUGGUCGAGAAUCAGCGGUGGGCGGCCGACUCGCCGCGAUGCCUCCUGGUGGCGGUGAACGCAUGCAGUAGCCGUCCUCUGCUGCAGUGGGAUGGGGAGAACAGCGUGGAGGCAGUGAGACAUCCGACGGGCCAGGAGCCGUUGCUCGUCUGGCCCCAGCUGGCCUGUACACUCCUCGAGCACUGGAGGCCCGGUGCCGGUCGCCGACGUCUGCUGGGAGCCAUGUGGGCGUUGCUGCGCGAGCGUCACCCACACCGGGAGCACAACUUGGCGCAGGCGGCGCCGUUGUUGGGUUCCCUUCUGGCUGCACUCAGGCGUCUGCUUGUGGACGAGAGUCAGGGAAGUCUGGGCCCUCCUGGAACACUGCCUCUAGUGCUGAAGCUGCUAGGUGCUCUAGUACCAGCUGCUGGGGAGUUGGCACAACGACUCAGCGCCUGUCUCGACCUUUUGCUGCUGCUUCACCGCGCUUCCAAUGCCCACGUGGCCCAGGGACGCUCCGCCUUCUACUCCUUGCCUCCUCAAGACUGUGCUCCGAAUUCUGCAGGUUUUUCUGUCUUGGAAACCAGUCGCACAGCUCCGUCGUCACUUGCAUCGAGUCCGCUGUCGGGAAGCUUUGGCCAUCUGCUUGGCAUGGUCUCACGCUCAGCACCCAAUGAGGGAAUCAGGAAAGUCAGAGAACCUGACGUGCCAAAGGUUGUGAAGAUUCGUCCCAAUGCCGUGCCUGCCGACCUGUACAACAGCCUCGACGGCAACAGCUUGGUCGACGCAAACUUGGCAUCCGUGCACGGAGAGCCGGCUCAGCCGUGCCCCGCUCUGGUCAAGCCGGGGCCAAAGCCGACGGCCACCGAAGCACUGAGCUUGUUGCUCUCCGGCGAGGUCGAAGCCGGUGGUCAAAGCCACAACCGGACAGAGGAGCCAACAAGGCCUGGCUGUCCAUUCGAGAGCAGCAUUCGACACCCCAUGACGUCUUCGCCUGUACCUUUGUCACCUAAUCCAUGGGCAGAAAUGGAGGAGGAGCCGACGGAAGCCAAGGACGACAUGACUGGGCUUGUGCUAGGCCUCUUGAAGUUGCUGCAGGAUAUCUUGGUGGCCACACCAGAAAACGUGGUUCGUGAGAAACUCGAACCGGUGGUUCGACUGGAAGCGCUCCUGAUUUUAGCUCAUAACGAAAAUGCAUUGGUUCGCAACCAGGUCCUAUGUGUGCUGGAAGCAUACCUGAACAAGGUCUCUAGUGAGGUGGAGGCUCACUUCCUCAAGGCACGAGGCUUCCAGCUGCUAGGUCUCCAGCUGGCCCAGUACCCCGCCACUGCUGCCUUAGUUCAGUCGUGCUGCCGGAUCUUGCUGGGCCGUCCCCUGUAUCUGGCCAGAAGGAUCCCACAUGGCAGCAUACCGGACCAAGCCUCAAACCGGGCAUCUGUCACUCUUCUGCUGUCGCUCCUGCCCCGAACGGUGCACGAUGCCGUCCUUUGCCUUGGGACGCUUUCGCUGCUGCAACAGCUGUGCGACAACAUUGAAGGCGCAGCACGGCUGCUUUAUUCCAACGGACUGGGCGAAUCACUGGCAUCCAUGAUUGUGGCCGCUCCGAGAGAGCUCAUCCUCAGCCGAAGCCCAAGUACAGGACGUGGAGAAGGAUUUGUUGACCUAGUGCUGGCUGUGAUCAGAAGUGCCUCCCUUGCAACAUCGAGGCUUUCGAUGGAACAAAGCGGGAAGAUCUCAAUGGAGUGCUUCCACUCGCUGUGCAGUCUCUUUGCACGGCUCUCUGAGGCACACAACACACGCUGUGGUGAAACCUGCAAGGUUGUUCCAUUGUUCAGGGAAUGCCAAGCGAAGCUGUACCUGUCAGCCCUGGAACACAUUGAGAGUUUCUGCACUGAUGAAAAAAGAAGCCAAUCGUCACCGUCACUUCUGGAGGCAUUUGCUUCCCUACCGACGCCAAUGGCACCAGAUGUGGCACCACUGUCACCGGAUGUUCACCACGGUGGUCGGAACUCAAACUACUCUGAGACGAACGGGUCGUCACACGAACACAUAGCACCUUCCAUGUCUACUCUGUCGCGAGAGCUGGGGGCGUGGUUCGCCCUAGCCUGUGACUUCAUCAUAUAUCAAGAGUUGUCUUGCGAGAGACCACCGACAGAGCUUUCACUGGUGUCAGCGCUGUUGAAGAAGGCAGUUGCUGGUACAGCGCUAAGCCACCUCAGCAAAAAAUCAAAACGCAAGCUCUCCUCUCGUGAAAGGUUGCUGUCUUCUCUGAAGCAUGUGUUUCAGCCUCAGCUGUCGAGGCUUUGCGUCAACCUUCUGGCCCCCAGCCAGCACCCUGCAUUGCGCGUCCACGUUGCAGAGGUCCUCAUGUCCUGCGAGCACCACAGGCAAGCCCUCAAGACCACGCUGGGAUCGUCGAGCGAUAUUCGCCUGCAAGUGAGGACCUUUGUGCAAGAGAUGCUGAGUGCGUCGGCAGCACGUUCCGAUGCCAACAUGAGCAGCGCGGUCGUUUCGCUGGUGGCCGUACUGGCUCAGGAACUGCCCAGCGUCCUGCCGAGAAAUCCCAAGCAGGAAGUUCAGACCGAUGAGGAACAGAUCAAAGAACGCUGGUUGAACCAGUGGACUGCACAGCGGGAGACCUGGCUUUCACAGACCGCUCUAGGCCCUGAACGCAAGAAUGGUCGACUGAGGAAGCUCGAGGCCAAGGCGUCGCAGGUGGUCGCCGAAGGGGCCAAGGUGACCCGCUCAGUUGCAGAGCUGCUGCAUGCACUUCGCAAGGAGGUACUACACGAAGCCAAGGCAAGGUCGGGCCGAGACAUGGUGCUCAAACAGACUUGGUCACGCCUGGCGGCACAGCUCACGCAUGAAAGGGCACCGUGGCACCUUCCUGAAAGCUUUCCCACUGCCUGGGAGCUGGACCCCACAGAAGGACCGUCGCGGAUUCGUCGACGCCUGCGGCGGGCGUUUCUGCCGGUUGACCCCAAGUUCAUGCUUCCUGAACACCAGAAAGGCCAAAAGGUGGCGUUGCCGCCUCUGCACUUCCUCUAUGACACGGGCACCUCACACAUGGAGUCGGCCACCUUCUUGCACCAUCUGUACAUAAACGAAAGGAUCACUCACACUUGCAAGUGCAUCAAGAUCUGCCCCUCGUCAGACAUGCCCGGAGAAGUACUGCUCGGCGAAACCAGUCUCCAGUUUGUGCCUGACCAACUCGGAAAGUACAAGGGCUCCUUGGGUGAAGUUGAAGCCAGGCACGAGGUGUGGCCUUACAAGGACGUCCAGGAAGUGCUCCUGCGAAGGUUUCGGCUCCGUGACAACGCGCUUGAGCUUUUUCUGCGCAAUGGAGUCACUGCGUUGCUAGCCUUCCACACGACACAGGAUCGGAAUGAAUUCUGUCGUCAACUGUGGCAGUGCCCUCACCUGAACCUGGAGCCAUCGGAAUCGCUGGAAUCGCUGAGUCAUCGCUGGCAGGAGCGGUGCCUGGGCAACUUUGACUACCUGACGCAGCUGAACAAGUUGGCCGGUCGCUCUUUCAAUGACCUCAUGCAGUACCCGGUGUUCCCGUUUGUGCUUGCAAACUAUGCUGACGAUGUGUUGGACUUGUGCGAUUCAGCCAACUUUCGCUGCUUGGAGCGUCCCAUGGCAGUGCAAGACCCAGCACGCGAAGAGCACUACAGGCGCAACUUCCAGGCAGAACGGUCAGCUGUUCCGUCGGAGCGGUUUUAUCCGUGGCUCGGUCCGUACCACUACGGCUCGCACUACAGCAACAGCGGCACUGUGCUUCAUUUCCUGGUCAGGUUGCCACCUUUCACCCAGAUGUUCCUCACCUACCAAGACCAGCAGUUUGACCUUCCUGAUCGUACGUUCCACGAUGUUCACACAACGUGGCGGCUGGCGAGCAGCGAGUCCACAACCGACGUCAAGGAACUCAUUCCCGAAUUUUUCUUCCUGCCAGAGUUCCUUGUGAACAUGCAAGGUUUCAACUUUGGUAAGCGGCAAACGGGGGAGCCCGUCUCUGAUGUGCAGCUGCCACCUUGGUGUAGGGGAGACCCUCGCCUCUUCAUCCUGAUCCAUCGGCAGGCCCUGGAGUCAGACUAUGUGACGGAGCACUUGGGCCACUGGAUUGACCUUGUCUUUGGCUACAAGCAGACGGGAAAAGCCGCAGAGGAGGCCAUCAAUGUGUUCCACCCUGCUACGUACUACGGCGUCGAUGUGAGCUCGGUUGCCAACGACGCGGUGUCGCAGAGGGCAUUGGAAACCAUGAUCCGCACGUACGGCCAGAUGCCCAAGCAGCUGUUCAGCAACCCGCACCCACUGGUCACACUUAGCCUGGCCGAUAACCAACGCAGCGCUGUGAACUCUUCUUCAACACAGGCAACCAUGGCCGAAGUACGAGGGCUACGCUGGGGCAGCUACGUUGGAAGCCCCAGCAAGCCGCCCGCGCGGCUGGUCUUGUGGCGCAGCACCCACAAGGACCAGACCCUCGUGAGCCACUUGCUGUCGCUUCGCACGAACGACGUCUGGGGCCUGCCCGCAAACUCCUGCCUCUUGCUCACGUACAGCGACUCGUCCGCAGGUCCCAAGGCUGCGCUACAGACGUACAUCCAGAGCACGGCUCUCGUGUCGUGGCAGCACGCAGAUGGCUUUGUUCGGCUCAAACUGCAGAAAGACGAGCCGGCCCAGUCGUUGCUUUCACCGUGCCCCGGUGACAUGGUAUCAACAUGUGCCACGGCCCCUGGUUGCCCACUCAUCUUUGUGGGAUACGCUUCCGGUCUUCUGACUGCACAUGCAAUCAAACUUGCAAACUCAAAGGUGGAGCACCCUUCGCGCCCCACUUGUUUGCUAGGUCACACAGAUGCGGUCACAAGGGUCGAAGUGUGUACAGCCUUUGGACUGGUGGUCACGACAAGUCGUGAUGGAUCCUGCAUCGCUUGGGAUCUCAACAGGCUCGAGUAUGUUCGCACAUUGAUCGCCGGGAGCUCACCCAUCAUGCUGGCUUGCAUUAGCAGCACCCUCGGAGAUGUUGCCACUGUAGAGACCACUGAAGGUUCUUCUGGCAGUUGUCUUCGAGUUCAUACCAUCAAUGGUGCCCGCGUGGGACAGCUGAGCACAGGCAUGGCCAUCGGAGCCGUCUGCUACUCUGCUGCACCCGAGGGCACCUCCAUCAAUGUGCUCGCAGCCGGUUGUGAGGACGGGUGCAUUCGGCUUUGGAGCUCGUGGGACCUGAGUCCUGUGCAAGAAAUUCGCUCGGAAAAAUGCAUAUUUCCCAUUAUCAGCCUGACGUACUCUCAAGACCAGCAGCAUUUGUAUGCUGUUGACAAUCACGGCGAAGUGUUCGCCUGGGAGGCGCAAGACGGCAGCCGCGUGCCACGUUUCCACGUUUUGCUGUGAAGCAGCAUGACACCUAGUCUACAUUGUCGCACAGUAGCACUAAUUUUAUUACAGAUCAAAAAAUAAAAUUUCAAUGUUAUAUAAGUACUGGACAGUGCCUCUCGUGUGCCUUAUGCAGUUUUGUAAUUAUUAUGGUGUUUUCAACACUGAGUAAAAGAUGGCUGACUGCUUUGCCUACUGUUUGUGCAUCUUUUAUCCAAUGAAGGAUGGAUAUAAGAUGCCCCACUGGCAGAAGAAUUGAUUUUGUCCACCAUAGUUCAUAUCUAUUUAUGUCAUAAUUGUUACACUGCAAUUAAAAACUUCAAAUAAUGUC